CCUUGUACACAGUAGGUGUGUGAAUUGUAAGGUACAACCGUACAACGUCAUUGCAUAUUCCGCGGUCAUAGACUUCAUCAUGACGGCUUCACUGGAUCGUGACAUCAUGACCACCUCUGUUGUCUGAAAACAAGGAAGAUGGCGUUGUGGGGGGGUAAAAGCAGAAUACUUUGGGAUAAGGACUUAAAACGGGGUUUCGUCUCACCUGGGAGUCCCUCAAAAUAAAACACGCAGGGUACUCAAACUGCCUACCUAGGUACACAGGCAGUAGUACUACUGCAAUAAACUAUUCUUCCCAACAGCUUGCUUGCCUCGCACAAAUGGCCCCUUUCACGGCUUCUCGGAUUGCCACCCUGUUAGCUCUGACAAGCAACGUGCGCGCCGUCCCCGUCGUAUCAGAGCCUACAACAACGGUCUUCUCGGAGCCGACGAACUUACCCUCUCCCUACGCGAUCUCUCACUCCAAUGUGACGUCUCACGGCCCUUACGACGGCCCGCCUGCCACCACAACCGGUGCCCUUUCAACCGAUGUCCUGGCGCCCUCCAUCGCUGCGGCACCGCCCCCGCCUGGGAUUGUUGAGUAUGAGGCCGACGGCGAGCUCCAUGGCGAUCAGCCGAUGCCUUACACCCCUAGCGGAGGGAUCGGCACCAACGGUUCAGUGCCCAUCUACAAAGUAGCCAGCGACUUCGACUAUCAGUCCCUCGCGCUGGCACUUUACCACGAAUGGAUCGAACUGGACGCGUUCCACUGGGGACUCGCCACGUUCUCGGACGAGGAGUUUGACGCGUACGGUAUCACAGCCGAGGAUCGCCACCUCCUGCAGCACAUGGCCGACCAGGAGAUCGGCCACGCAUCGGUGAUAGCCAACAUGCUGGGCCCCAACGCACCCAGGCAAUGCACCUACAACUACCCGGUCUCCAACGUGCGCGAGUACAUCGACUUCAACCAGAAGCUCACCCGCUGGGCCGAGGCCGGCGUGUACGGCUUCCUCCCGCACCUCAACUCGGGCCCGGCCGCGGCGAUGCUGCUGCAGAGCAUCACGGUCGAGGCGCGACAGCAGCUCAUCUUCCGGCAGUUCGGCGGGCAGUUCCCCAUGCCCGAGUGGCACACGCCCGGCAUCCCCCAGAGCUGGGCCUGGACCCUGCUCGCCCCCUACAUCUCGUCCUGCCCCUACAACCAGACCCGGCUGGUAUGGCAGAACUUCCCCGCCCUGCACAUCCUCAACCAGCCCAACCCGGCGCGCAUCAACGGCGCCGACGUGUGGAACGAGACGACCGGCGGCUGGGCCAACACGCUCUCCACGGCGGACGUCCCGGCCGACGAGCUGUGCAUCAACGCGACGGACGAGACGCUCGACUGCCCCGCGGCCAUCUCCAACAACCGGUCCAUCCCGCUGUCGUACCCGGGGCGCGAGGUCUUCUUCCGCUGGGACGCGCCCGGUCAGCUGGUGGGGCCCAACAACAGCUACGUGACGACGACCAACGUCGCCGAGCCGCGCUUCGCCGCCUGGCUGUCGCAGCUCAAUGUCACCUACACGCCGCUGCUGAAUGUCAGUCUGCAGGAGAUGACGGCGUAUACCAUCCAGCCGAAUGUGUCAACUUGGAAGGGGGAUCCCGCGGUCAAUGGGACCAUGUUCAUCGCGUUGACGGAUACGGACUUGUUUGUCACGCCGUAUAAUGUCACCAUGAUCAACCCCCAUGUUGCCGCUUUGGCGGUGUAUCAGGCCGGUUGAGGCUUUGGGGGGUUCUCCUGAUGUGGGAGUGUAAGAGGGGGGGGUGGGGAGGCAAAUGGGGGCGGAGGUGGGAUGAUGUGGUGACGGUGGUUUUGUUAAUGCUGUUGGUUGAAAUACGAUUUUCAUCUUAACGCCGCCCGUGCUGGGGAGACUUGUUUGAUGUGAGUUAGUGAUGUCCCGAAAUGUUCGCAGUGGGCACCACAUGUGAUGACCAAAAGGCCCUGG